CGGCCACCAUUUAAGACCAUACACAUGCGUGCUGAAUAAGCCAUUUCUCUAAUUUCACCUUCAAUUCUCAUCAUUCACGCCCACGCACAACAAGUUUCUUCCUUUAACCCUAGAUCUUACAUUCUUACCCUUGAAGCUCCUUCCUUUGCGUCACUCUAACUCAACAAUCUCGCACUCACAAAAGAACUCUAUUGCUCCUGUAAUCCCGCUCUUGGAACCCCAUUGUCAGAUCUGAAUGAUUUUUAAGGCUAUUUACCAUCUCAAUUUCACAACUUUUCCUCACCUCCAACUUGUUUCUUAACCCAGUUCAGCAAUCUUGGCCGAUCGCCUUGGUUAAUUUAAGACUAAAACUGUAUACGUUUUCCAGUUGUCUAGUUUUAUCGGCCCGAAUUCGCACUUAUUUAUUGUUGGGAUAGACGUAAUUCUGAAGAAUUUUGCUGCUUUUAAGUUUAAUUGUUCUGAAUUUUGUGUUUGCUUCUCUCGGAUACACUUGAAUUGUUCUAAAUUUAGAAUAUAGGCGCUCUUACUCUGCCCAGAUCUGCUUGUUUUGGGUAUGCUUUAUACGUGGUUGUAGUGGUGUCUUGGUAGCGAGAACUCAUGGCAAUGCCAUCGGGAAAUGUGGUAAUUCCAGACAAAAUGCAGUUUCCAAGCGGUGGCGGUGGCGGGGCUGGCAGUGGAGGCAGUGAGAUUCAUCAGCAUCCCUACCGCCAACAAUGGUUGGUCGAUGAACGGGAGGGGUUUAUCAGUUGGCUGCGCAGCGAAUUCGCUGCUGCAAAUGCAAUUAUAGACUCUCUUUGUCACCAUUUACGGGCAAUUGGUGACCCGGGUGAGUAUGACAUGGUCAUUGGGACCAUUCAGCAAAGGCGGUGCAAUUGGAAUCAGGUGCUUAUUAUGCAGCAAUACUUUUCGGUGGCGGAAGUGGUAUAUGCACUCCAGCAAGUAGCAUGGAGGAGGCAACAGAGAUAUCUGGAUCCAGUGAAAGUGGGAGCGAAGGAAUACAAGAAAUCUGGUUCUGGUUAUAAUAAGCAACAGGGGCAGAGGUUUGAGGCAGCAAAGGAAGGGCAUAAUUCCAAUGUGGAAUCUUUCAGUCACGAAGGCAAUUCCGUAGUUAAUGAAGGCCCUGACAAAGGGGCUCCACUAACUGACAAACAAGAAGAACAUAAAUCAGGUGGCAAGUCUGGCAAGAUGGAUGACAAGAGUUUAGCGUCGUCUGAGGAAAAAAAAGAUGCAGAUGUUAUAACAAAGCUUCAAAAUGAUGGAAGCUUGAAAAGCUCCGGGCAUUCCACGGGAUCUCUGUCUAACUCAGAAUCUGAAGCUGUGGUUGUAAAUGACGUAAUUGUAUCAGAUUCUAAAGAGGAUGACUUGCAUUUUUCGCAAAAUCAUCAUCAGAACCAGGCAAAGACUUUUGUUGGCAACGAGAUGUUUGAUGGGAAAACGGUGAAUGUGGUUGAUGGACUGAAAUUAUAUGAAGAUUUGUGCGAUGGCAAUGAAGUCUCAAAACUUGUUUCCCUGGUAAAUGAAAUGAGGGCCGCUGGAAAAAGAGGACAAUAUCAAGGAACACAGACAUAUGUGAUUUCAAAGAGGCCUAUGAAAGGUCGUGGAAGGGAGAUAAUUCAGUUGGGUGUCCCUAUUGCUGAUGCACCACCAGAUGGGGAAAAUCUGACCGGAGCCUCCAAAGAUAAAAAAGUAGAAUCUAUCCCUGCCUCGUUUCAAGAUAUUAUUGAGCGCUUGGUAGCCUCACAAGUUAUGACCGUGAAGCCUGAUGCUUGCAUUGUGGAUUUUUACAAUGAGGGUGAUCACUCGCAGCCUUACAAUUGGCCACCUUGGUUUGGAAGGCCUGUUUGCGUCCUUUUCCUGACAGAAUGUGACAUGACAUUUGGGAGACUUAUUGCCUCUGACCAUCCCGGGGAUUAUAGGGGCACUUUCAAGCUUUCUCUUGUACCUGGGUCCCUUCUGGCAAUGCAAGGAAAGUCUGCUGAUUUUGCUCGACAUGCCCUUCCCUCCAUUCGCAAACAACGCAUACUUGUUACUUUCACCAAGUCCCAACCAAGAAAAUCAAUGCCCAGUGAUGCUCAGCGUCUUGCUUCAUCUGCAUCCUCUCAUUGGGGUCCACCACCAAGCAGAUCAUCCAAUCAUGUACGUCAUCAUUUAGGCCCCAAGCAUUAUGCGCCAGCUCCAACAACUGGAGUAUUGCCAGCCCCACCAAUUCGUGCACAAAUUCCACCUCCAAAUGGCAUACAGCCAUUGUUUGUGCCUGCGCAAGUUGCACCUCCCAUGCCAUUUCCUGCACCAGUUCCUAUCCCACCAGGUUCUACUGGAUGGACAGCAGCUCCUCCUCGGCAUCCUCCUCCCCGAAUUCCUGUUCCUGGCACUGGCGUCUUCCUUCCUCCGCCAGGCUCGGGCAAUUCGUCUCAAGCAUUAUCAGCUACCUUGAUCGAGAUGAACUCUAGUGUAGAGAAUGCAACCCUACCAGAAAAAGAAAACGGGAAGUCUAAUCAUAACAAUGCGAGUGCUUCCCCAACAGCAACAAUGGAUGGACAGAUGCAAAGGCAAGAAUGCAAUGAAAAUGGAACCGUGGGUGAAUCUGAAGGAGAACAGGCUGUUGAGAAAGAGCAGGAAAGCAAUGACAAAGUUGUGGUAAGCCAUUAGGCUGGACCGGAUUAGAGGUAAAGGGAGAGAGAGAGGGAGAGAUAGGAAGGAAAGCUUCUCACAGGAAAGGGGUAGGCUGCGAACUUACUAUGAGUUUAAAGCAAAUGUAAAGAGCGGCAACAUUCAAGGUAUCAUCACCAUACGGCAGAGGAGAACAAGGGAAGGAGGAAGAACAUUUUGGUUCUCUUCAAAAUCCUUGUAUGCUCCUGUGCUUUUUUGUUGUCUUGUUAUAUCAACUCUUUUAACAGCAAGGGAAAACCCAUUCUUAAUUCUGAUUUUGACUUUACUACGUUCAAAA